GCAGCAUUCAGAUGGAGAAAAGUGGAAGUGUGUAGCAUGUUUGUGUAUGUUUGUCGCUCAAUCGGAAGCUACAUCAAUGUAAUCAACAGUUUAGGAAUGGCUAUUAUAAUAACAAUAUGGUUUUGCUGGAAACGAUACCGUUUGGGACACACUAUUGUCAUUUCAGUGUCUUAGAAGUAAAACAUGGAAAUGCGAGAGCAAACCGAAGAUCCUGAAACGAACAACAUCGAAAGUACUGAACCAGACCACAAGAAGUCAACAGAAAAGCGCAUCACUGCCUGUCUGGUGAAUGCAGCGUUCUUUGGUGCCCUUGGGUCAUCUUAUCUAUAUGGCUACAACCUGUCUGUCGUCAACGCUCCUGCACUGUAUAUAAAGACAUUUUACAACCAGACAUGGAUGGAGCGCUACGGAGAACCCAUAGGAGCAGACAUGGUCACCAUGCUAUGGUCCAUCACAGUCUCCAUAUUUGCCAUUGGGGGCCUACUUGGAGCGCUCUGCGUCACGUUGCUCACGAAACUCAUUGGAAGGAAGGGCACCUUGCUCUUGAAUAACGGCUUUGCAGUGAUAGCUGCUCUUUUGUUAGCCCUGGGGGAGAAGGCUCGAUCUUUCGAGAUGCUCAUCAUCGGUCGUUUCAUCAUGGGGGUGGACUCUGGUAUUGCUCUCAGCGCCCUGCCCAUGUAUCUGGGCGAGAUAUCCCCCAGACACAUGAGAGGCUCCAUUGGCCAAUUCAACUCCAUCCUCAUCUGUCUGGGGGUGUUCACUGGACAAGUCCUGGGACUUCCUGAACUUCUGGGCCAGGAGUCCAGAUGGAACUUCCUCUUUGCCUUCCUGGCCUUGCCUGCCUUGCUGCAGCUCUGUGUGCUGCCCUUCCUACCCGAAAGCCCACGCUUCCUUCUGAUGGAGAGGAGGGAUGAGGCCGGUGCAGAGAAAGCCUUCAGAGCCUUCCUAGGCAAGAAGGACGUGUCCAAGGAGUUGGAGGAGGUGCACGCUGAGAGUCGGGCCCAGAACACCCUGCACAUGGCGUCCGUCACCGAGCUCAUGCUUAACCCCGCCUUGCGCUGGCAGGUCAUCACCGUCAUAGUCACCAUGGCCUGCUACCAGCUGUGUGGCCUGAAUGCCAUCUGGUACUACACCAAUGGGAUCUUGAGGGACUCGGGCUUUGCAGAGAACGUGAUCCCAUACAUCGUCCUCAGCACAGGCGGUAUAGAAACGCUGGCUGCCGUUGUCUCAGGCCUUGUGAUUGAGCGCAUCGGCAGAAGACCCCUCCUCAUCUUCGGCUUCAGCGCCAUGGCCUUCUUCUUUGGCCUUCUCACUGUGUUCCUCAAUUUCCAGGACCAAUAUUCAUGGAUGCCCUAUCUCAGUUUUACCUGUAUAUUGGCUGUAAUUGCCUCCUUCUGCUCUGGUCCAGGUGGCAUCCCCUUUGUACUGACCGGAGAGCUGUUUGAGCAGUCGUACCGACCCGCAGCCUUCAUGAUCGCAGGGAUCGUCAACUGGGUCGCCAACUUCGCAGUCGGACUAUUGUUCCCGUUCAUGCAGGAGUCCCUGCAGACCUAUGCCUUCCUGGUGUUCCUGGUGGUAUGUGUGCUGGGUGCUGUGUACCUCUACUUUAUUCUGCCCGAGACCAAAAACAAGACCUUUAUGGACAUCAGCCAGAGCUUUGCCAAAAUCAACAAGGUUCCGUUGGGUGACAAGGAAAUUGAGAACGAACUUGCCAUCAAGGCUGGGUCAAAGGAUGUAGAAGAAAAUGGAAAAGUCAUCAUCGAUGGUGAGAUGGAGAGUUCGUUUUGAAUCAAAGAAAAGCCACCAGGUGUCAGUUUACUGUUGUACAUACUGUAUUUUGAUUCACUGAAGUGAAAUGUAAUUUUUAAGAUAAAGUUUUUCUGCUA